GUAUGUUCCAGUUGGAUCCUGAAGAUGUCGCUUUUCUACAGUCGAUGUUUGCAAGAUUUGCCAAAGAUCACGGUGAACGAUGUCCACCGAAUUAUUCAGGCGGCAUCAUCCACUCCACGGAGUAAACGGGAGAAAGGAUUCAAGAUGUAUAUAUCUAGUUACAUCGACAAUUUUGAAGUGUCAAGCAAAGAGCCAGUGACAGGGAGAGUGAGCGUCCGAGCUACCUGCUAUAGGUCACUGAGGAAAAACGAGAAGCCUCACGACCUCAGAAUCCUCCUUGAUGGCUCCUCUCCAGUACAGCUGUGUGAGGCUGUCUGUUCCUGUGUGGCUGGCCAGGUACUUUGCAAUCACAAUGUUGCCCUGCUCUACCAGACUGCACAUUAUUCACAGCUCCAACUUAGUGCUGUACCACCCGUCCGGAGCUGCACUGAGACAGAGCAACGCUGGCACAAGCCACGGACCAUGGGUGUUAAGCCAGGCCGAGUUAGGGAUAUGGUUGUGAUGGCGGCUAAACCAAAACAGAGGACUGUAGGAAGUGGUGUAAGAAGCACACUGUAUAAAGCAGUGCAGGGGGAGCUGCCUGAUCCAGACAUGCUGAAGGUGGCAGAGGUCUACGCUGACUUCCCUGCUACAUUGGCGCCACUCAUCACCACCAUGGCAAUCAGCUCAGAUAUCCCUCUGGUCCAGUCAGCGCUUGGACAAGUCCAGGAGGGAAGUCUUAUUGCAAUGCAGCACCCGGUAACCCUCAGUAGAAAUGUCCAGUAUUAUCCAGAUGCUCCUCCACCACCACCUUUACCGUUGGCUGAUUACAGAAUGGAACCCACGGCCUGCCAGUUUGUUUGCAGCUUCCAACAACAGCUGCAUCUGGUCUCUCUGCAAACAAGUUUGGAAACUGCCAGACAGGUGGAGGCUUCUACUCGGGACCAAAGCCUGUCUGUGGAGUGGUAUCGAGUUAGGAGCCUACGUGUAACAUCGUCCCACUUCAGAGAGGUCUGCCAUGUACGAGGUAACAGUACAGCACAGCAGCUUGCAGAGAGGAUGAGAAAGGGUGUGGUUCAGACCGCUGCUAUGAAGAGGGGCCUGGCACUGGAGCCGGUUGCUGUUGAGGAGUACUGCAGGGUCAAGAACCUCAACUAUUGGCCCUGUGGAUUUGUAAUCCAUCCUGAUGCCCCCUGGUUAGGCUGUUCCCCUGACGGCAUUGUGUUUGAUCCCUUAGAAAACCCUCCAUUUGGCUUGGUGGAGAUCAAAUGCCCCAAUGCUAAGAGCUAUGUCGACUGCAAGUACUUAAAAUCAAAUGGUGACACUAUGUCACUAAAACGGCAGCAUGCAUACUAUUGGCAGGUUCAGGGGCAACUUCUCAUCACUGGCAUGGAAUGGUGUGACUUUGUUGUCUUUGCAGAAGAUGACAUGGUCAUACAAAGGAUAUACAGAGACAAGGAGAUUGCUGAAGUGAUACGAGAGAAGGGAGAUCACUUUUUCUUUUAUUUUUACAUGGCUGUUUGUUUAAGAUAAAAAAAAAAUAAUCUUUACUUUCUUACAGAUUGUUCUAUUUACAUUCUGUCUUGAGUUUACAAUUGUUGUUAUUCUAGAUUACCCAACUUUUUGAAUCAGUUGAAGUAAAUCAGUUCAAGUUAUAGAUUUGUAAAAAUGAACAAUAACAUCUCUACAUUCUGUAAUGUUUGGGGUGUCAACAGCAAGACAUCAGUUCAAGUUGAAUACAUAUCUACACAAAAUGAACAAUAACAUCUCCACACCUGGUGAUAUUUGUGCACCUGUAAAAAUGAACAAUAACAUCUCUACAUUUGGUGAUAUUUGUGCACAUGUAAAAAUUAAUAAUAACAUCUCUACAUCUGGUGGUGAUUGCACACAGCAGAAAAAUUUCUUGUAUUAUGUAUUAACAUAUACCAAAACAUUUACCAAAAAUGAACAGCAUCUCUACAUUUGGUAAUAUUUGUGCAGGUGUAAAAACUGAUAUCGUUAGGAUCUUUUUUUUUUUGUUUGUGCACAUCCAACAUCAAAACAUCGAGUUUGAUACAGAUUUGCAAAGAAAGAAAUCUGUUGUAAAGGUAAUUUUGUUCAGCUGUACACACCUGGUCCUUAGAAGUGAGCAAAAGUCACCUCUUUGAUUGAAAUUAAACAAUAACAUGAUUGAA